GUUUGACAGGUUUGACAACUGAGCCGAUUGACCGCUGAGCACCGUUGAACAUAUUAAUUGUGAUUAUCGAGUGUGUUUUUAUGAUAUCGUGCCAUAAUGCCAAGCAAUUGCUGCAUAACGGGUUGCAAAAAUAGCAAUAAAAAUGGUUUUCAUUUAUCAGAUUUUCUUUAAAUCGGCCUGAAAUAUUGCAAAUUUGGAUUAACGCAAUUGGAAGAAAAGGUUUUCAACCAACUAAAAAUCAUCUUAUUUGCAGUGCACAUUUUAAAGCUGAAGACUACAUGGACAGACUAAACACAAGUGGUGUACGCUUGAAAAAUCUUGCUGUGCCUUUUAUAUUUUCUAAGGUUUCUGCUCCUGCAUUCAUACCUAAUAUAACUGAUUAUGUAACAAAUUCACCCGCUGCAAGUUCGCCUGCAAAAACUUGGAAGAGUAUAUUAAAAAAACCAGAUAUCGAUCAAUUAUCACCUAAUAUUGAUUCUGAGAGCUCAAGUACUUCUUUAUUGAAACAUACUCCAAUUGUAUUGUCUAAGAGUCCAAAAGCAACUACCAGUGCAAAUUCAAUUGAUGAUACAAUUAAAAUAACUACGGUAAAGAAACGGAAAAUAAUGGAUCCUUCAGUUUAUUAUUUAAAGAUGCAGAAAAUGUCUCCAAGAAAACAACGAAUGCAAAGAACAAUUAAGACAUUGAUGCAGAAGGUAUCACGAAGAGAUGAAAAAGUCCGUUCAUUGGAGAGUCUAUUAAAAACAUUACGGUACAAUGACAAAGUAUAAAUACUGUGUCUGAUACAAUAUAUGUAUUUGAGCACUCAGCGUCAUUGAUUCUGUCCCUCGGAAAAUUUUCCAAACUGAGAAGUCGUUAUCUUUUUACAAACAGUUUAUAAUUAAUGUAACAACCAAUAAGCUCUAGUCGUUACAUUAAUCAUAAAGUGUGAGUAUGUAGAAAGUGGUGACUUCUCAAUUUGGAAAAUUUUUCGAGCGACAGAAUCAAUGACGCUGGGUGUACAGCUUUGUAGACAUAAAGUUGACAUACUCAAAUAUAUGUAUACUCAAAUAUAUGUAUACCCUUACGAAAAAAUAUUCUGUAGUUGCAAGAAAAUAGUAUGAAAGUAUAUAAAAUCGGUAGAUAUUUGUGAACGGAAAAAGAAUUAUACAUAAAUUACCGGAAAAAGAAUUGUAUAUAAAUUGUAAUAGUUAUAUAAAUUGUCAAAAUAUCAGUUAUAUAGAAAUAUCAGUUAUAUUAACAGAGCAAAGAAUCUACUUGAAAAUAAUCCAAGUCAAGUUAUUUCUAAUACUUUUUUCUUUUGAGUGUUAUAUAAUAGUUACAUUGUUGAGUGGGAAAUUACAACUAACAUUUACGUUACAUGUAACAUUGUGUUUGGUGGGAUGUAGCAGGUUUUGUAGUUAAAAAAAUUCUUCUUAAAUUAACCUGCAAAGGCUUCAUUGCCAAUCUUAUUAGAAAAACUGAUGAUAGGCAAGAAAACUUUGCAUCAUAUACAAUAUUAAUUGAUGUUAAAAAUAAGGGGGGUUUAGUUUAUGCAUCGAAUCAUGUGCAAAAAAAAUUAUUUGUGCCACCGAAAUUGAAUUUUUGCAGUCCGUAGCAAAAGGUACAAAUAAUCUACCGAAUAAAGAUGCAUACUCUCAAAUUAUUUAUCAAGUGACACGCAGAUUCGUAUUAAACGCGAAUGUAUUUCGUAAUAAUGAUGAAUGUUACGAAGAGUUGGAAAUAGGUACAGAUAUACUUCAUCGCUUACAAUUAAUAAAAGUUGUAUGCAAAACAUAUUUGACUAUUCGAAUGCAUUCACAUUCCAAAACAUUAAAUAAAGACGUUGUAAAUCCUGUAAGCAAACGCCAAAAAUUAUCCAAAUUGAUUCUUUUUAAUAAUACAUAGAUUGUAUUAUUAACAUUUUGCUAUAAUUCUUACAAUAAAAUUUAUUUUUUUACUAUAAAUGAAUUUGUUUU